CCUUGCUAGGGCUCUAUGCACAGUGUCUCCAACAGAGCCAUCAAGCAGGAAACAGCGCGACCAACAGCUUCGCCAAGGACCCGAGUGCGCAGGCGCCCAUGGGGUGGUGGCAGUCGCGAGGGGCGGAGCUUCGUCGAGUCACCCGCCGAGCGGAGCGGAGCGGAAGGCGGAGCCGCAGGAGACAUGCGAGCGGCCGACGCAGGAGUAGGCGAGAAGGCGGACGGCUGCGCGGGCCGAGGGGUCCGUUGCGGUACCGGCGGGGCUCCCCAUCCCGCACGAGCACCGCAAGCCCUGGGUUCUGGCGCAAGCCCCGCGCCCUCAGACCACAGGCCCGGAAUCCGACCACACAGAUUCGCGCUCAACGUGCCUUUUCCGACCCCUUUGGAGGCAGAGAUCGCCUGUGGGUCCCUGGCUCCAGAUACUGAGCCGCACCAAGGACAGGUGGGAAAGGAGCUUAAAGUCAGCGGCAGCAUCCUGGCGGUACACUGGAAUGCUGAAGACACUCGCCUCCUCCGAAUUUCCAUCAUGAACUUUCUUGACCAGCUUUCCUUGGUGGUGAAGACAAUGCAGCAAUUUGGGCCCCCAGCUCCCCGCUAGGCCUGGACUGGGCAAGGGGCCCAGGGCUGACCUUAUGUCCCUUCCUAAGCAGUGGAUCCUUUCCUAGGGCAAAGAUCUCAGAAGUAGCUGCUCUUUAAUGUGUUUCAUAGUGGUAUGUCUGGAUUGGCCUGCCUAGGUUUGGUUUGGUGCUUAAAUGUUGCUGAAGAAAAUAAAACUGAGCUACUAACUGUCAUAGGUUAUUUUUUU